AUGGCAGGAUUCAGCGGAGCUUUUCGCACGUCCGUGGGCCGCGAUGACUUUCUCCGAUCCGCCGAAGAUGAAGCUUACACGCAAAGCAUCAUCGCACGGUUGAUGGGGACAGACUGGUUCUCUCGUAAUGAUAAUGUCCGGCUGGGUGGUUUGCGAACAGCCUCUGCCCUUGGGGGACUUCCGGAUAGGGAUUCUCUCAAUAUGGGGGAUGUUAUCAGGAAUGAGGAUAUUAGACGGAUCAAUGCCGUUGUCCAAAUUGCCAACGGCCAGGUUACGCCGAACAUGAGAAACGCAGAGAUCCACCCUAAGUUGUCAACAUCUGAUGGUCGUUUCCCAAGGGAAUUCGAUAUCCCGAGACGAGUUGAUGAUUUUUUGACUAUGGAAAAUAAUUCCAUAGAUCGGAUUCUAAUUGCCUAUGGCCUCCCUCGCGACACCUCCUCGUUCCGCAGACCAACACCCCUCUUACAAAAUCGCGAUUUCCUCGGUUUCAACCUCGAGGCGGCGAGAGAAGCAAAGCUCUUGACAUUAUUCGAGUAUCUGGGCCUGGACCUUUGUAGUGAGAGGAGAUUAGGCGGUGGCAUGGGUAGGUUUAGUGGUGGUUUAGCGUGCGGGAAUAGGGGUAUCGGUCUUUGA